CAUCCUUCAUCACGCUUGGGUCCGCCACCAUCCUUCGUGUGUUCGCGACUGCUCGUUUCCGAGUCGUGACGCCGGAGCAGAAGCAGAAUGGAUCGAGAAUGGGGUUCAAAGCCUGGGAGUGGAGGAGCCGCCUCCGCCCAGAAUGAAGCCAUCGACCGUCGAGAGCGGCUUCGCCGACUUGCGCUCGAGACUAUUGAUCUUGCUAAAGACCCCUAUUUCAUGCGCAAUCAUCUGGGGAGCUAUGAGUGCAAGCUUUGUCUCACAUUACACAAUAACGAGGGCAAUUACUUGGCCCACACACAGGGUAAGCGGCAUCAGACUAAUCUGGCAAAGAGAGCAGCUCGUGAGGCCAAAGAGGCACCUGCUCAGCCUCAGCCCCACAAGCGUAAAGUCUCGGUUCGCAAGACAGUCAAGAUUGGUCGGCCUGGGUACCGGGUGACUAAGCAAUUUGAUCCAGAGACAAAGCAAAGAUCUCUUCUUUUCCAGAUUGAAUAUCCUGAGAUUGAAGAACUCACAAAGCCAAGGCAUAGAUUUAUGUCUUCUUAUGAGCAGAGGGUUCAACCCUUUGACAAAAGAUUUCAGUAUCUUUUGUUUGCAGCUGAACCGUAUGAGAUAAUUGCUUUUAAGGUGCCCAGCACAGAGAUUGACAAGUCCACACCAAAGUUUUUCUCGCAUUGGGACUCGGACUCAAAAAUGUUCACGUUGCAGUUAUAUUUCAAACCCAAGCCACCAGAGGCAAACAAACCACAGCCUCCAUCUACAGCUAAUGGCACAGCGGCACCUGGUGUCCCACCAAGGCCUGUGCCGCCGCCUCCUCAAGCUCCGCCACCACCUCCUCCUCCACCACAAGGACUACCUCCUGGUGCAGCUGUUGGAAAUCCUCCUAGAGCCCCUCCACCUCCUAUGCCUGGAUCAUUGCCGCCGCCUCCUCCUCCCAUGUCAAAUGGCCCUACACCUGCACCUCCUGGUGGAAUGCCACCUCAACCCCCUGUUGCGAGCGGCUCAGCAGCUAGUUUCAACAUGGGUUCUAGGCCCCCAUCAAUGCCACCGCCCCAAAACUAUUUAGCCCAACAAAUGCAGGGCCAGGGUAUUCGUCCACCUCCACCACCUCCUAGCAUGGGAUAGAAGAUCUCAUGUCAUGUUAAGCGGGAUGUCUUUAUCCACUUUAGCGGCUAACGUAAAAGUUGGUUUCCAAGAGGCUUGUUAGCUUAGAGGCUAGGCUUUAUAAGCGAUGUAAUUUAUUUUCUUUGCCUUUUAUUGACUUUGUUUUCAAAUCAAGAUAUUGUGGCAUCUAGUUUUUAUAUAUUAUGCGUUUGGAGUGUGCCCCAAAUUGAUGCGAGCACAUGUACGUGGCUUUUCGAAAUUAAUAGGAAAUCAACAAAAGGAACGUCUUUCUUUUCU